CACGCCCACGGAGAUGGCAUUAGGCGUUGACCCCUUGACCCAGACUUGGCCAGGAAGCCCCCCGUGCAGGGAUUUUUAGAUAUGUGAAUACCAUAAAAACUGCCGAAUGCUAGGCUGCUGUAACUCAUAUGGUCGAAGCCAUUUAGGCGGCAUGGAGGGCACGGAGCCGCUCAGAAUACAAGGCCAUAGUGACUCCCACCUCAACUGCCCUACCAUCAAGGUGAAAAAAGAGGCGUCCUUAGAAAGCAUCGACAAUAAGGAAUUAGAAAACAUUACCGCCCGUGAAAUGAGAACUAAUCAAAAAGUGGAUAAUAAAAUUAGCGAGUCAGAUGCGGUGAGUGACAGCCAAGACGACGGCUGUGAGAAAAAUGAUUCCACGAAAGACGAGGAUUGCAAGACGGAGGAGGAGGAGGAGUGCGACCAUCUCGAGGCGCCCAAGUGCAACCAUCUCUCGUCCAAGAGUGCCGAGUCUUGCGAGAUGGACGAUGUGUCGUGUAGUGAAGAAAAUAGUGUGGAUAAUAACACGUUUAAUAUCAUAAACACCGAGAACUCUGAGAGCCAAGAUGCUAGUGAACUUACCAAUGACGACUCCCCUAAAGAAAACGGCGAUGACGUUGUUGUCAAAGAAAACGCGGAAUCCGAUCAUGGAACCCAAACUGAUGAAAAUUCUGACGAUGAUCUAUCGUGUCUGGAGGAGGAGGAAGAGGGCGAGCUGACGGAGGACAGUGAGGGCGAAGAUUUGUCCUCCGGAAGUGACGAUGGCGACGAGAGUGACGACGAAGCGGAGUUCGAUAACGAUUCUCUCGAAGACGGGAACACUAAGAACGAAGAAAAGAUAGAACCCGAUGUGCCAAAAAGUCUUCCUUUUCCCAGUGGCCCGCCUUCGGGCAGCACCAGGACCUGCGACCACAAGCCCUCCUCCCCCAAGACCAGACCCAGACUCAGAUCCAUUGGGAAAAAGGACAACAGCGAAUUCAAAAUCGAAAUCUUCGAGUCGAAAAGGAAACCGCAAGAAAUCCCGAGUAUUAAGCUUCCCGACGAAGCCAAAAGAAAAGAUGAGACGGCCUUCGGUAACUCUCCCAUAACUAAAUCACCGAGUGAAAGUGCUUUAGUGAAGGGUGCAACUCUACGGCCCGACGGCGCUCAUAAGUGUACGGACCAAUUGGCAACUGCGAGCGUUGUCAGCCCGUGUUCGGAUGUCAUGACCCCGGACUCGUUCGAGAACACCCUGGGCGUCUCUCUGGAUGUAAGUCAGGCCAUCCGGGAGGAGACCGACGAAUCGGACAGGUGCUCCCCGAUGAAGAGUCCGAGUGAGGAACACAACAAGAAGACUUCGCGAAUUCCUGCAGAUACGGAGUGCAAAGCGGGCAUAAGCGAUAAGCCCAAGAGAGAGCCGGCCGUCAUUGUCACCUCAUCACCCAUCAACUCCAGCGCCACCACUACUACCACAAACAGUAGCCACCACAACACCACAAACGGCAGCCACCACAACACUACCACAAACGGCAGCCACCACAACACCACAAACGGCAGCCACCACAACACCUCUACAAACGGUAGCCACCACAACACUACCAGCGGGGAAACCAAAGAUGGGGUGGAGACGGAAGAGGUGAGCGCCACCUCAGAGGCUAAGAAGCCUUUGCCCAUGGCCUUCACAGUGGAACUGGGUGGAGGAACAGGCGGAGGCGAUCUCAGCACCACCAAGAAACUGGACAUCACCGCCUCCAUCAGCAAGUGGGCGCCUAAACACAGACGAAACCUGAGCUUAACCAAAGUCGACGAGCACAAGGUGGUGGAGAAUUUUUUUGACGAGAAUGGGAACUCUCGCGCCAAACGUCGGAGCACCAUCAGCCGUCUGGAUAAAGUGGAAGAGCGCUCGGGUAAGCCCCCUGUUGGUCGACCUAGGAGUGGAACCAUUGGAGCCACUGGUCUCCAGCAGGGGCGGCGUGGUGGUGGUUAUCAUUCAGAGGGCUACUUUUCCUCGGACCAAGACGACGAGGUGCCUCGAAGAACAGAACUUAAAUCUCCACGAUCUCCUCGCACACCGGAACUUCAAUCCCCGCAGACGCCCCAACGCUUAGUUCGAUCAUCUUCACAAGAUUCUGCUAAAGGGACUAGUCUCAGGAUGCACACUCCUAGCCCAGAUAAUGUUAGCAGGACCUCCCACGCCAUGACCCUCAACGAAUCGGCCUCCUACUUGAUCGAGAAGUUGAUGAACAACACCCCAGAGACCCAGAGAAAACAGCCUGGUAAGACUGAAGGUCGAGCCUGUUGCAAAUCUGAAAAGAAACCAACAGUUGCUGAAGUCACCGGCCGAGCCAAGAGUGAGAAAGGCAGUAAGAUAGCUGUUAAAAUGACACCAGAAGGCCGGAAAGAGAGUAAUGGUGGCAAUAGUGUGGGCACUUGCCACACCUCUGAGGUGAAGCAAGAUGUACAGAGUGAAGCAGGCAAAGAGGAGAAGGAUGAUGUGAGUGAGGCUGGAACCUACACUAUUGAGAAAGAUUCGUCAUCUCCAGAGGUGGAGCAAGCCAGGAAUGACAUUGACCGAGUGUUUGGUAUUUCUGGAACAGAGAGUGAAGUUGAUGUGGUUACACCUCGAGGAAACGCUCCAACAGAAGAGCCAUGGACACCUGCUCCUGAACAUGACAAAUUUAAGAAAUCUGGACAGAGAGAGAAGAGCCCUGGCAGCUUAAGCCGCAGCAGUCCAAAUUGGAUUCGACAGUGGGCCGCACAAGUAGCCGAGCACACAAAGCCCUCCGACGCUUCUAUUAAAACAGCUCUUGGGUCUCCACGUGGACCCAAGCCCCCUCUUGCAUCCCUCUCAUCCUCUCAGGAAAGUAGUGAUUCCCGUCCCCGCCGAAAGUUGCCCACUCCACCCGCCCACCAUUCUCCUUUUGCCAUAGCUGCUUUGAAAGCUAAUGACUUGUCUGACCAUGAAAGUCCCACAAAGGGUCGACAGCACCAGGAGCUUUUUAGCUCCCCAGUUCUGGGGCAAAUUGACUACAGCCGCGAUACAGAGUCUCUUCUCCGUGACACUGAGCAACUUGUCACUUCUCUUCAGGCCCGAGUUGAUAUGAACAAAGGCAUUCCAUUGGGCCUCAGGGGCUCAUCCUUUGAAUCGCACGACUCUGGAGGAGAUUCUGACCUGGACACUAGCACUUCAUAUCCCAUCAACGACGACGACGACAGACUCUUGAAAACGGUUGGCUCCCAGCUGAAGACCAAACUGAAGCUCGCUGGUAUUGAUGGCCUGCCGAAGACACCUCCAGUGGCAACUAGUCCUCGAAAAGCUGAUCCACUGGCACUGGAGACUAGACUCAAGCUAACAAGUCAUUUCAAGAGGGAGAGAUCUAUAGUGUCGGACAGUGGGUACGAUAUUUAUACAGCUGGCAAGGAAGACAACAGCCUACAGUCAGAUAGCAGUAGUGAAGCCAGUGAACCCAUUAAGGAUAGUCGCAAGCCCACUGAUAAUAACCCUCCCCUCAAGUUCAAUAGAGCCUUUAGCUUGAGAAGAGCUCGUCUGGCAAGUGAGGAGCCAGCUCAGCAGCAGCACAAGGCCCCAUCACCUGUUGAUAAGAAAAAGAUUGCAAGACCCUCUAGUGCUGGCAACUUAACAGCAAGUCGUAAGAUUCCUCUCGCCCAGAGUAAGAGUCAUCAGGGGGGACAGACGUCUCGAGGUGGUUCUCAUUCGCAGGCAACGACGCCUAAAAGUAGUUCCAACGACUUCAGUAGAGGAGACGGUGGAAGGUUUAGUUUGCGGUUGCCCCAUUCUGCGUCCACGACAGCUGUCUCCAAAUCACCGUCACGGACAAAUGUGAGAAAAGAGCUUGCGUCAGGUACGAGGAGAGGUGCACCUCGCUCCAAUUCUACACUGUCUGCUAAGGAAGUCGAUUUUCAAAAUUGGAAACGGCGUAAAAAUUAUGAUCCAAUGAAAGCUGCAGCAGAGGGACGAAAAAAAGUUGAUAAGAAAAGUGAUAAGCUGCCUCAAGGCAAUACCAUAAGUUCGUCGGAUAGAUCUCCAAGUCCUCCUGGGUCUCUGUUGCGUUCAGCAUCUUUUCACGGUACGGAAGGAAUGGGAGUUGGUGGUCGCUGGCCACGAAGACCAAACCAUCUCUACACAAGUGAGGAUGAUGGCCCGUAUUCUCUAGAGGAAGAGCAAGCUCAUCCUGUACCUCACUGUUCUCCGCUGAGAAGAUCUCCAACUUCUCCGCACCAGUUGUCAUCUCCCCACACCACCUCUCCGGCACGACAGACGACAUUGUCUUCAGCCCGGGCUCGAAGAGCAUCAUAUGCACUCUCGGACGAAGGUGAAGGUCAAUUGGGAUCUCCAACUAGGAAGUGUUGGUCUGGUGCACUCACAAAGUCAUCCACGGAGGCCGAUUUUGCCGCCACAGCCCACAUGCGGCUGAGGAGCGUGUUUACAUCUUUGGAUGAAUCUGGCAGUGAGGGAAAGCGAUCCCCAUUGGGCAGCACUCGAGGCAUGGUGUCGGGUAGAUCUAAAGCCAAGAUGGAAGCUUUAGAUAACUUGGUCAUUUCCACAAUUCAUUCGCUCUCUGUCAAGGUUCGCACCACCUCUGAAACACUUCUGCAAAAACUAAAAUCCCAGUAUGAUGAGGAAGGAGAUCGUGCAGCUUUGCUUGAGGCAGUGCUUGCACAUCUUAGCGAGAGUGACCAGACGCUAACCACCGGUCAAAGCCGAUCCACUUCCCGGGAGUUGGCUGGCAUCCUUCGCAACCUCAAGAAAAUUGAGCAUGCUUUAGAAGCCCUGACUGACAAUGCCCUAGUUGAGGAUAUCAAUGGUAAUUGACCGUGUGAUGGUGUGUGUGGAUGAAGACGACGAUGACGACGACCUCGAUGGAACUGCUGGUCAUGAAUGGGGGGAGAAUGACUACUGAUGCAUGUGGGCAAGAAAGUGUUUUGUAAAUAUAUAAUUAGGUACAGUACCUUCAAGUGUUGAUAAAUAUUUAUGGUGGAUGAGGAGUAUUACUAAAAAUGUAACCAAAGUGUUGUAUGUAUCAGGCCUUUGUGAGCUGUGUCGUGAUGACACAGACAUGAUGUAGGUCAACUAAUCAUUCUGCAGUUACAUAAUACACACAAGGCCGAAUCUUAAGUAAUUGUGGUGAUAACUGAUGACAUUUGCUUGCCAGUACUUAACUGCUUUGUAAAACCUUGUUUGUAAGAGUACAUGAGCCCAGUUUUUGUUCAAAGUAUACAACAUUUCUGUAUUUGUGGUGGGAAUGGCUGUGAAGAAAGAGUAUUUUACUGUAUAGCUAAAGUGGAUCGAGGCAAUUUAAGUACAGUAUUGUGAUUUGUAAAAUAUAAUAUAGUAUGCAGAAUGUAAUAUGUAUUUCAAUAGACUGGCAAUUUUAGCUGUCAAUAUCUAGGUAAAGACAUACUGUACGUUCUGAAGUAUUUUGAACGGUGCUGCAUGGAAAACUAUUUGGAAAUGGCUACCUAUAAAAACAUUUGCUACAGUAUUAUAGUAAGUUCAGAAAAUGUGAACAGUGUGAUAAAGUUAUGAAAUGAAAACUAAUGGAAGAUGCUAGUUCAGUGAUUGAAGGACAAAAUGUAGAGAUUAAACAUUCCAGUAAUUUAUGCAGGACUAUUGGAACCACUGUGGUGCCAUUGCUCUUAAUCUUACUUCAUAUUUUGUGAUGUCAUAACAAAAAUCCUCUGCAGCAACAUUCAAUGCUAAUGGUGGUAUUCCAAGUAUUGCUUUAAAAUUCUUUUUGAAGGGUCAUCUGCUAUGAGUAAUGUCAUGUGAAUUAGUAUAUGUAUGCAAGAGCCAUCUUUUUAUUAUUAUUAUUAUUAUUAUUAUUUAAUGUUUCAUUUGGAAGACAACCUCAUGACUAUUAAGGAGAUUAAAAAAAAUAAACCCAUCUCUUGCAAAUUCUAGACUCCGAGUGAUCCUUUUUCACACCCUAAAUAUUUUGCUCAUACCCAUACAGUUUUGUAGUAUGUGGGUGUUAUCCAAGCUGCUAUAUUGUCAUUUAAUGUGAUUACCCUUGAGAAUGUUGUUGGUGGAAUUCAGCUCAAUGCAUGCAUUCAUAUUUCAUACAUACAGACAGACAGCAAUUUAAAUUGCAAUUUCUUAAUAUUGCUGAAUAUUUUGGUAAAAAUGUUAUUUUUUCUGUGACGAGUUGAAACAUAAUUGGCAGUGUUAUGGCAAGAUGGAACUUGCCAAUUAUUAGGGAGUAAUACAAAUUAUAGUGGGAGUGCAUAUUGUUGUUACUUUCCUUUAAACAUGCAGUGAAGAUGUGGUUAAACAUAAACGUUGUCAAGUUAUAUUACCGUGUUAAUGAUGACUUUAUUAUUUACAGGGAUGGAUUUUGUCACCGUGUUUCUGUAUGUUUUGUUUGGUUCACCAAUUUUAAUGGUUCAAGUGAUACUGAUGUAUUGAAAAUUAGGUAAAGAGCUUCAUUCUCUAGCAUUGGAAUGUAGUACGUGUUGAGGCGUUAAAAGUAACCCAAGUUGACUUGUGAAACACAGCCUCCACCUACUAGCUCUCACUUAUGUUGUCUGCAGACUGCACUCUAAUACCUGUAAAUACAAUUUAGAAAUAUUUUAUUUACAUGCCUUUUGUUGAGUUAUGUAAAGAAUGUGAAUUUGCACACUUGGACAACUAUAGUUGGUGGCAUGUUCUGUGGUCUUCCAUGGAGACUUGUUUGACCUUGGAACUGUAUUAUUGAAGAUUUACAAGUUUGCAUUUCAUUAAAUGAUGGUUUCUUAUUGUGAAACAAAAAAUAUGACAAAUAAGUACGACUGUGCUUUGUGAAAAAAAUUGUCCUAUAAAAUCUUGAAUCUCUUACUCUCUGUUAAAUCAUUACAUGAUUAGAAUUAAAAUUGUUCUACUGCAUGCAUUUUUUAAGAAAAGACUCAUUCAUAUUCACCCUUUACCACGGGUGUGGUAGAAUUGUCUGCAUGUUUGUUUUAUUUUUGAAAUUGGAAGACUAAUUCAUUUCCCUUCCUCUUACUUUCAUGAAGUAAUAAAUUAAAAUGUACCUUUUUUUAUCCAUUAUGUAAAUUCUGUAGAAGCUAAUUUCAUUUUUCUCAUUGUACCAUGCAAACUGAAAUGUGGUAGGACAACAUUCUCUUCAAAGUGAUAUUGUAAAUAACACAAUUAAAUGUACUUUAUACAUUAUUAGAAUGUUAGCAAUAUGAAUUAAAAUCUUAACUAAAA